AUGGACCUCAAUCUCUAUGUAUUGACCGCUAAUUGCGCUCGUGAGCCUAUCGAUGUCGACCUUUUCGCUAAACAUUUUUUUGAUCCCCUUUCCACUUCGAGCGCUCAGAGCUUCCCUGCGCCCGAGCUCAUCGUGCUCUCCCUGCAAGAAAUAGCUCCGAUCGCCUACUCUUUCUUGGGUGGAUCGUACCUCGCUCCAUAUUUUGAAGCAUUCGUCCAAGCGGUCAAGAAAGCUACUGCAGAGCAAUGGAACGAAUCUUACGUGAACCUGGUCAAAGACCACACAGGCAUGACAGGGUUGAUGGUCUUUGCGCGCACUGAUAUUUCCUACAAAGUCCCGUGGGUUGACAUGGCUCAUGUUGGCUUUGGUUUCCAGGAAAUGGGCAAUAAGGGAGCCGUAGGAGCUCGUCUAGGCUACAUUGUGGAUGAAGACUCUAAUAAGUCUGUCGAUUUGACCUUUGUUGCGGCGCACCUGGCGCCCUUUGAGAAUGGUCUUGAGCAGAGAAAUUUGGACUGGAAAAGCAUCGUUGAGCGCCUAGUGUUUUCUCAUCCGAAAGAUAUUCAAGGAAAUUCAAGCACAGACGAGAAUACCGCUCUCUUGAACCAUCAUCAGUCAUCUUCUCACUCAGAAGACAGUCGCCGAGAUCUUUUCGCACCAAACUCCUACGUCUUCCUCGCUGGAGACCUGAAUUACCGCACUUCCCAUGUCAGCCCACUGAAGACAGACCUUGGCCGCUUCCCACGUCGUUGCGUCGACCGCGACGACCCAUCACACUAUUCGCACCUCUUGAAAAACGACCAACUGAUGCGCGAGAUGCAUGACGGUCGAAGCUUCCACGGCUUAACAGAAGCGCCGAUUGAGUUCCCACCAACGUACAAAUACUCCGACGCGGCACGCCAGGCAGCAAAAUUGGGAAUCGACACUGACCCCGAAUGGCAAUGGUCCAGUCACCGCUGGCCCAGCUGGUGUGAUCGAAUCCUCUUCCUUGACAGUCCCUUCUGGGCCGGUGAAGGCGGACAUGUCAGGCCCCAAGCAUACGAUGCACUGCCACUACUCCCGCAGUCAGACCACCGCCCCGUCGCGCUAGCUGCAACGAUCCCUCUCAGCCAUGCUGAGCCCACAACAGGUCACAUGGAUAUGCAAUCCAAAGCGUUGGCUCCAUUUGCAAUUGACCCCAGCUGGAAGAGUCGGCGGGAUGUUGCUCGGCGGAAGGAGUUGGUGGUCGGUAUGUUUGCCUAUCUGGGGCUAACCUGGGAAGGGAAUGGGCUGCUCCUUGCAUCGACACUGGGACUUUUAGGCGCAUGGAUUGUGCUUCGGUCUCUUUGGGAAAUCUAA